AUGAAUAAAAGCGAAAUAAAAAUUUUAUGUACAGGGGGAACAGGCUAUAUUGGUAGCCAUACAGUAAUAUCUCUUGUUGAAGAAGGUUAUACUGUUCACAUAUUAGAUAAUCUUUCAAAUUCAGAUCCUGAGGUUAUUAACAGAAUCGAAAAGAUUACCCAAGUUAAAGUCCCCUUUUUUGAAAUUGACAUAAGAGAUAAAGAAAAGAUGUUAAACUUGUUUUCCAAGGAGAGAUACAAUGCUGUAAUUCACUUUGCAGGACUUAAGGCUGUUGGAGUUUCAGUUUCCAAACCAUUAGAAUACUAUGAAAAUAAUGUUGUUGGAACAAUCAGAUUAUUAGAGGUAAUGAGAGAAGUUAAUUGCAAAAUAUUAGUAUUUUCUUCAAGUGCAACCGUUUAUUUGCCAAAAUCCACACCACUUCUGGAAACUGAUCCAUUAGGGGCAUCAAACCCUUAUGGACAAACAAAAUAUAUGAUAGAAUUAAUGAUGAAAGAUGUAUACAAUGCAUCUGAAGGUACAAAAUUUUCAAUACUAAGAUACUUCAACCCUGUUGGUUGCCACCAAUCGUCCUUAAUAGGUGAAGACCCAGAAGAGCCAAAUAACUUACUUCCAUAUAUACAACUUGUUUCUAUUGGAAGAAAAGAAAAACUUUUUGUAUUUGGAAAUGAUUGGCCAACCAGAGAUGGAACAGGGAUAAGAGAUUAUAUUCAUGUAACUGACCUAGCAAAUGGGCAUGUUAAAGCUUUAGAAAAAUUAUUGAAUUUAAGUGAUGCAGACAAAACCUUGGAUAUUUAUAAUCUAGGUUGUGGAACUGGGGUUUCUGUACUUGAAAUGGUUAAAAAUUUUGAAAACGCUAGCGGAAAACAAAUCCCUUACGAAAUAAUAAAUAGGCGUCCCGGAGAUUUGGCAAGUGUAGUUGCCGAUCCGUCAAAAGCGGAAAAAGAGUUAGGGUGGAAAGCAGAAAAAAGUAUUUUCGAUGCAUGUAAAUCUGCAUAUGAUUGGCAAUUUAACAAUCCAAAUGGAUAUUCAAAAAAUUGA